AUGGGUCUGGUCCGGUCUGACUGCAUAGAGACAAGCUGGAUCCAGUCGGUUCUUUUCUGGACGGAUAUCCAAGUGGGUACGUCGGAGAAAGUUUUGCUCGAAAGGAAUGAAGGCCUAAUGUAUAUCAAGAGGAAAUCAGAUUGCGUUUUUGAACCGAUUUCAAGAACCGGUUUAGAAUCAAUUUGGAGGAAGAUGAUCAAACUUGAUACUCCGACAGCUAUAGCUUUCAAUCCAUACGGUGGCAUGAUGGCAAAUAGUUCAUCGAUGGUGACACCGUUCCCGUACAGAGCAGGCAACCUCUGUAAGAUUCAGUACGUUACUGAUUUGAGAGACGAUAAAUUAACGAACCGGUAUAUGGAACUGACGAGAAAGUUGUACCGGUUCAUGACUCCUUUCGUUUCCAAGAAUCCGAGGCAGUCGUUUUUUAAUUAUCGGGAUAUUGAAUUGGGAGCCAAUUCUCACACAAUCAGGAGCUAUGUUGAAGGUAAACGUUAUGGGGAGAAAUAUUUCGCCGGAAAUUUCGAGAGGUUGGUGGAGAUCAAGACCAGAGUUUAUAGUGGUAACUUCUUCUGGAACACGAAAAUAGUAUUCCUGUGA